GACAGAUACUUACUUAUCUGCUUCUGGGGUUUUACGUAGCUGUACGCAUAAUUCCAUAAGCAUUCGGCUGUCAUCCGUUUCCUUUAAAACUUGCAUCAGUAGAGUGACGCAUCGUGACAUGUGAGAAGCAAAGCUUCCAGAAGUGUAUUAGUACCUGUUAUAAUUUGAAGCUAAUCGUUUACAAGUGAUAACAGCUAUUCCUUCAUCAAAGGUGAAGGGGCUGCAACAUGAAGUUAUGUAAAUGCAUUUUUAUCAUUAUUGCUACGUGUUCCCUACUACUAUUUGUCACAUGGUGUCUGUGGAAUAUUUUUUCUAAAUAUAGGAUUUCUGCAGAAAUCACAAAUUCAACAUCAAGUACUUCAAGUCUGGGUAAAGUCAUAAUAGAUGUCGAUGCUGGACCAGAUGAUGCUUUAGCUUUACUUUUGGCAUUGGCAUCUGAGAAGAUAGAUAAUAAUGGUUUGGAAGUGUUAGCCGUCACAUGUACUUACGGUAAUACUGUUUUGGAGAAUGUCAUAACAAACGUAAGAAAAACUUUGACAGUUGCAAAUAGAAGUGACAUAUCCAUAUAUGCCGGUGCGGCAAAACCUUUGAUCCAGAAAUAUACUCCUGAUAAAUAUUUCGGUGAGGAUGGCCUAGGUGAUUUUGAUUUUGAAGAUGAAAUUACUGCCCAAUUAAAUAAAUCAGAGCAAGCAGCAUUAAUAAUGGUGUCUCUGGUCCAGCAAUAUCCUGGAGAAGUGACUAUCUUGGCUCUGGGACCAUUAACAAAUCUAGCUCUUGCAAUGAGUUUGGAUGCCACAUUUGCAGAUCAUGUGAAACAAUUAUAUAUAAUGGGCUCCAGUGUUGCUAAUCGGGGAAACAUACAGUCAAAUCUGGAAUUUAAUUUCAGUUUAGAUCCUGAGAGUAAUUUUAUUGUACUAAAUGCAACGACAUCAUCGCGCAGUGUUCUCUGUCCUUGGGAAACAAAUUUAAAAUUACCAAUAACAAGAGACUGGCGAGAAAAUGUUCUUGGGAGCCUUAAUUCUAAAGCUAUAAAGUUCUUAAACAAAGCAGAGAGAAUCAGCAUUACAUAUUCUACAAACUGGUAUUCAGCGGAUACAGUAUGUGUAGCAAGUUUAUUAUGGCCUGAAUUUAUAAGGGAGCUUACAGUGACAAACACUUAUCCAGUGAUCGAUGGAAGUGCUAGAGGGUCAGUCAUAGUCGAUUAUACGUAUAGCUCAGGGAGGCCUAAUAAUACAGAUAUUGUACAAUUAGUAGAUAUGGAAUUGCUUAAAAAUAUUUUACUAAAAUAUUUAGGCGGGGAGUGAAGCAGUUAUUAGAUACAUAAAUAAAUAUUGCGAGCAUAAAUAAAGCUAUUAUAAGUCCACUAUU